AUGGAGAAUGCAGCGUUCGCCGCGAUGACUGCCGCGUCGCAUCACAAAUAUGAAAAAAACAAAAAACGAAGCGAUCGUGUCAACGAGAAAUCGUAUUGGGUCAAUGGAAGCCACGUGGACGAGACCAUCACCUACAACCAGUAUACCAUCGAUACUGCCGUGUUGGCUCCAACUACUGAGUCUCCGGAAAUCAAGCAAGCGAUCCUACAACAGUCUGUGAACUCCAUCAAGCAGACAAAGACAACAAUGGAACACAAGGUGGAUUUCUUGAUGAAGCGCUACACAUCAGUAUGCCCGGACGUUCGCUCGCGAGUCAACGCCGCCACCAGCGAAUUGUUCGACGUGACUAGUGACGUGUACGAAUUCGCAAGCCUACACGUCAUCGACAACACAGGACAAGCGAUCGCUACAGGACCGGGACCAGGACUUCCAGCCCCAUUUAGAGCCGCCGCCACAUACUUCAGAAUCGAGCUCCGAUUGGUCCCACGGCUCUGUUCCCUACGAACUGACAUUGGAAUCAACCCAACAAAGUUCCCGCCAUCUUCCGUGAGCCCGGAGAAUGCACAAAAGAAGAGGAAGCAGAACAAGUGA